AAGUAAUUGAAGCCAUCAGUUGUUCAACUCCUCAACAGCAGUCAACAUGAAACUUAUCAUCAUCGCCGCUUUCUUGGCCAUCGCUGCCGCUGUUCCAUCCAGCUACAAGCCGGAGUACAAAGCUCCAAGCUACUCUGCACCAAGCUACCCUGCACCAAAGUACCCAGCACCAGCCUACUCUGCUCCAGCCUACUCUGCUCCAGCCUACUCUGCUCCUUCCUACUCCGCACCAGCCUACUCCGCACCUGCCUAUUCCGUACCAGCCUACUCCGCACCAGCCUACUCCGCACCAGCCUACAACAAGGAUAACAAAUACGCUGACAUUACGAUCACCAGCCAAUCUGAUGAGCGCAACCUCGAUGGCAGCAGCCAGUGGAGCUAUGCCCAGUCUGACUACACCACCCGUGAAGAGUCUCAGGUCCAGAAGAAGAUGCAAGGAGUCACCUACGACUCUUACGGAAAAGAAUCGUACGGUGAAGUCCUAGGAAAUACCAACAAAGGAUCUUCCUACUGGGUGUCUCCUGAGGGUGAGAAAUUCACUUUGACCUGGACCGCUGAUGAUGCCGGAUUCCAGCCCAAAGGUGACCAUUUGCCUGUAGCCCCCGUUCACGAAUACGAGCUCCCAGUUGCUCCCGUUCACGAAUACGAACUCCCAGUUGCCCCUGCUCUCCCUUAUUCGCGCACUGGACCUGGUUACUAAGUUGUACACUCUUUCCUCCGUGAAAAUUGAAGGGCGUGAGCCAUCCGAAUGUAAUUUAUUGAUGAGAUAUAAACGCAAAGUAUGUUUUGA